GCGGCGCGGCCCCGACGAUGCCCCGCGACGGCAAGCGGGAGGCGGCGGGGGAGCGGCUGGGGCUGCUGGAGCUGCGCCGCUGCGGGCGGCCGCCGUCCCCCGGCCCCGGCGAGCGGCAGGAGGAGGGGGAGGAGGAGGAAGAAGAGGGGGAGGCGGCGGCGGGCGAAGAUUGUUGCGGCAAGUGCAAGAAGCGGGUGCAGUUCGCCGACUCGCUGGGGCUGAGCCUCGCCAGCGUCAAGCACUUCAGCGACGCCGAGGAGCCGCAGGUGCCGCCCGCCGCGCUGUCGCACCUGCAGAGCCCGCCCGGCGAGGAGCGGGCCGCCGCCGCCCGGCGCCGAGCCGCCCCCGCGCUGCUCCUGGUGCCCGACUUCCCCGACGGCGGGGAGCCCAGCGCCGAGCGGCUGCGGCGGCAGCGCGUCUGCCUGGAGCGCCUGGGGCGGCCCGCGGCGCCCACCGACGUGCGGGGCACGGUGCAGGUGCUGGGCGGCCCCGGGCCCAGGGAGGUGACGGUGCGCUACACCUUCAACGAGUGGCUCUCCUUCGUGGACGUGCCGGCCGCGCCCCUGCCCCCCGAGCCGCCGGCCGAGCGCUACGGCUUCACCCUGUGCGUGCCGCCGAGCCUGCGGGAGGGCUCGGCCCUGCACUUCGCCAUCCGCUACCGCAGCCCGCAGGGCGAGUUCUGGGACAACAACGGCGGCCGCAACUACACGCUGCGCUGCUGCGGCUGCCCCGGGGCCGGCCCCGCCGUCCCGCCGGGCCCCGCCGCACCCCGCUACUGAGCGGCCGGGCCAGGGGAGCCCGGGGGACACGGCCGGGCGGGGACAGGGGCAGGCGGCCGCACCCCGCGCCCGGAGACAGGCCCCGCUCGGCAGGGAGACGGCCAGAGCGCCGGGGGCCCCGUCCCGGAGACUGCCCCAAGCCUGGUGGUUUUUAAGCAGGAGCUUCAGUUUCUGCCAGCGAAACGUGGAUGUGCGUAGGCUCGCAUUGCUGUGGUUUGUGGAUUUGUUCUCCUUUUUGGUUUUUUAUCUUUUUUUUUAUUAUUAUUAUUUUUUUGAGAGAGAGGGCAAGGAGACUGAGUAGCGUGGGCUUUGCUUUUCCCCCUUGAAGUGAAUUUUUGAGGUCUUGAUUUGGGCUUGACUCCACAUACCCGAUUAGUCGAGAGCACUCGUGUGAAAACUUGGUGGCGUGUUCGCUACAGAUUUAAUUUAGGAUCCCAAUUUUCCCGUUCUCAGAUCUAUUUGAAAGACACAGUACUGCGACAGCAAUGGUGUGCUUUGUCCUUUUUUAGUUAUUUUGUUUGACUUCAAUGGACUCCGUAACAAUACGAUACAGUUGUGAGCACCUGUCAAACCCGUGACAGGCUUGCGUGCCCGUCCCACCUUUGCCAUGCUGCGGCAGCUCUGAACAGCAGGCACUCUGCUUUGGGGCUGGAUCUGGGGCUGGACUGGGCUGCCCUGGUUUUUGUCACUCAACACACUUUGAUACCGCUCCCCAGGCUCGCAUGUAGAUCCCGUCUGGCUAAUAGCAGCCAACAGGGACUCGUGCAGAAAUGUUUUUGCUUAAAAUAGACUGGUGACUUCUUUUCACACAACCAACGAGUCUAAAACCGGGAUGAAGGAGGAGUUAAAAUACCUGCUGAUGCUGUGUUUAUCAGGAGAACUUUGGUAACACCUUUGAGCCAUGCACUGUGAAAGAUGGUGUCUGUCUCGUACACGGUUCUGUAUUUUCAGAUUUGGGUCUGGUUUGGAUGACCCUUCUCACUGAGGAGUGACGCUGCCAUACAGAGAGAGUGUCCUCAGUAACAAAUGGAAACAAGUGCCUUAGUUCAGCUCUCCUUAUGUUACAUUUUGCACCACAUUUCUCAAGUAUUUAUAAUUUAUUCAGCUUUUUUGCUACAUAUUUUUCUGUAUUUGUAUGUUGCUGGGAAAGGACUUUGUUGUGCACACAGCUGGACUUUAUGGCGCUGGACACUUGAAUUGAUUUUAGUCUUCACUCUUGCACUGCAAGCCUAGAGGUUGACUACUACGGGGUGUCCCAACUCCUGAAAUUAAGCAAAAACUACCAAUGCAAAUGGGUUUGUAAGAAUAAAAAAAAAGUUUUAAAAAAAGCCAUAAAGCUCAUAAUUACAUUUACUUCCUUACUUUUUUUUUUAAAAUUUUUUUUUUUUCUAUUUAGCAAAAUGUAACAGUAGGCUUCACAGUUUUGCAACCUGUGGUAUGUGUGCCCUGACCAGGGAUGAUCCGAUUUGUGUGUAAGUGAUGUUUAGGGCUGUAGCUGAAAAUGACUGCUGUCCUGCCAGAGCCAUCAGGCAAAUCACCCUGUGAUUUGUCUGUGAACGGCAUCUUGAGCAGAGCUGUGCUGUGAGGAGGCUUUACUAGCAAGGGUGGAAAGUAGGUGGGUUACAGUCAAGUUUUGUUUGGGCUCUUCUGCAACUUUGAUUCUUCUUGUUUUCUUUUGACACAGUAUCUCAAAAUAUGGGUUAUUUUUGGUUAAUGAAGAACAAUUGUCAGAAUGCAGAAUAUGCCCUGAAAUGGAUGUGUGGUCUUCAGUAUGCCAUGGAAUGGCAUGUUCCUUUUUUGAAACAGAACAUAGUGCGAGAUUUCUCAGGCCUCCAUUUCCUCUGAAGAUGUAAAACAUCUUAAAGGCUAUCCUGACAACAUUAGAAAAAAUAGCUUAUUGAUAAGAUUCCCGAUAGCUGAGAAUAUUUUCAAGCCUACAUCAAACCUGCCUUUUGAGAUGGCUGGAGCAGACCCAGAGCUAAAAUCUCUGUGGGGGAAAGAUGGGAAGCAGAGGGAGGUUCAGACUAAAGGUGCUGCAGUUCUGCUCACAUGCACACUGCUGCUGAAACACAGCCUGUCCUCCCUCCUCCCAAAAAAGCCUGUGCGUACAGCACAGUGUGAGAACACAGCCAGGGACAAGGAGGUGUUUAAUUCCCUCGGAAACCAUUCUGCUGUUACACUGUAUCAGUUGCUUUGACAACGCUCAGAGGGAGAGCUCUGAGCAGGCAAACAGAAGUUGGUACUGUUGUCCUUCAGGUUACACGUGAACUCUCGCCAAAAAGGUUUUAAGGGAGAAUAGUGAACUCUGCUGUUUCCCUACACAAGUUUGUUUUAAGUCUGUCAUGCAUUUACAGGAUUACAGGAUGUUACAUGGAAUAACCUGGUAUGAAUUAGCCUUUCUUCAGAUUGCUGCAUAAAUGA